AUGCCCGCUCUUAACGACAAUUUAAGGAAAAAUCUUCCAAUAUUAAGUGCAAGUUUUUCUAACCACCAGGCAAAUCAGCCAAAAAGCGGCAAGAACCAAUGGGGAUUGCAUGGAGGGAAGUGUGGAGUAUGUGGCGACCCCUACCAGGGACCUCGCCAAAACGAGGCUGGCGGGAAAUACGCCAAUGGAAUCAUAGUUAGGAACUAUGCUCGUGGCCAGGAAAUUGAGGUGAAGGUCGAAAUAACCGCUAACCAUAAAGGUUGGUUUGAGUUCCGACUGUGUCUUCACAACAGUCCUAGAACUCGUAUCAGUCAGCAGUGUUUGAAUCAACAUCUCCUGCACAUCACGGGUCACGGCACCAGGUUCACCAUCCCCACAACGCUCGGAGUGGUGGCUCUCCGCGUGCAGUUACCACCGGAAGUGACGUGCAGGCAGUGUGUGUUGCAGUGGAAAUGGCACAGUGGAAAUAACUGGGGCACCGACCGCCAAACAAGGCAAGGUUGUCUUGGGUGUGGGCCCCAGGAGGAAUUCUAUGGCUGCUCAGACGUAUCAAUAGGUGGCGAUAACGGCGGUGGCGGGUUGAUACUGACAGAAACAUCCGGUAGCAACGGUGUAAAUUCUCUCAAUGUUGGGACAAGGAUAAAAGAAGGAAGAGAUAGCACAGAUACCAGAGUAUCUCGCGGUCAUGCGGAAGCUGAUGUGGAGGAGAAAUUGCGCACGGAGUCCCACCAAUCUAGAACGGUCGUUAGAGGGCGAU